AGCUGUGUGUUCAGAGGCACCUGUGCAUGAGGAGAAGCUUGUUCUAUGGCCUCAGAGCUGGGUGCCAGGGAGGAUGGCAGCUGCUCAGAGCUGGCAAAACCCCUUUAUCUGCAAUAUCUGGAGAAAGCUCUGCGACUGGAUCAGUUUUUACGACAGACAUCUGCCAUCUUUAACAGGAGUAUAUCCAGUGAUGAGAGUGAAGAUGGAUUGGAUGACAAUCCUUUGCUGCCUCAGUCUGGGGAUCCCCUGAUGCAAGUUAAGGAAGAGCCUCCAAACUCUUUGCUUGGGGAGUCUUCUGGAGCAGGGAAUUCCGGGAUGCUGAACACACAUUCCCUGAAUGGAGUACUGCAGCCAGAGGCAAAGUCUGAAAAAGGGAGCUUGUAUAACUUUUCCAAACUGAAGAAAAGCAGGAAGUGGCUGAAGAGUAUCCUUCUGAGUGAUGACUCCAGUGACACAGAUUCACUAAGUGAUGAGGACGGAGACGAGGAAGAAGAAUUUUCUCUCUCGAGGGAGGAACUUCACCAUAUGCUGCGAUUACACAAAUAUAAGAAACUGCAUCAGAGUAAAUAUAGCAAAGACAAAGAGUUGCAGCAGUAUCAGUACUACAGUGUAGGACUGCUGUCUACCUACGAUCCUUACUACGAGCAGCAGCGCCACCUGCUAGGGCCCAAGAAAAAGAAGUUUAAAGAAGAGAAAAAAUUAAAAGGCAAGUUGAAAAAAGUAAAGAAAAAGAGGAGACGGGAUGAAGAACUCUCUUCAGAGGAGUCACCACGACGCCACCAUCACCAGACCAAAGUUUUUGCCAAGUUUUCUCAUGAUACACCACCACCUGGGUCCAAGAAAAAGCAUUUGUCUAUUGAGCAACUUAAUGCACGUCGGCGAAAAGUGUGGCUUAGCAUUGUUAAAAAGGAGUUGCCAAAGGCAUACAAACAAAAAGCUUCGGCCCGCAAUCUUUUCUUAACCAACAGCAAAAAACUUGCCCAUCAGUGCAUGAGGGAGGUACGUCGAGCUGCUAUCCAGGCUCAGAAAAACUGUAAGGAAACUCUACCACGGGCGCGUCGUCUUACCAAGGAGAUGCUUCUCUAUUGGAAAAAGUACGAAAAGGUGGAAAAAGAGCAUCGCAAACGAGCUGAGAAAGAGGCUCUGGAGCAACGCAAGCUGGAUGAGGAAAUGAGAGAGGCUAAGAGACAGCAGCGAAAACUUAACUUCCUGAUCACACAAACUGAGUUAUAUGCCCAUUUUAUGAGUCGUAAACGAGAUAUUGGACAUGAUGGAAUACAGGAGGAAAUCCUACGCAAACUGGAAGACAGCUCUACCCAAAGACAGAUUGAUAUUGGUGGAGGAGUAGUGGUUAAUAUCACUCAAGAAGAUUAUGAUAGUAACUAUUACAAGGCCCAGGCUCUGAAGAAUGCUGAGGAUGCUUACCAGAUUCAUCAGGCCCGGACCAGAUCAUUUGACGAAGAUGCCAAGGAGAGUCGAGCAGCUGCUUUACGGGCUGCUAACAAGUCUGGUACUGGCUUUGGAGAGAGCUACAGUUUAGCAAACCCGUCUAUCAGAGCAGGAGAAGAUAUUCCACAGCCUACCAUUUUCAAUGGAAAACUGAAAGGUUACCAACUGAAAGGCAUGAAUUGGCUGGCCAAUCUAUAUGAGCAGGGCAUCAAUGGAAUCCUGGCAGAUGAAAUGGGUCUGGGUAAAACAGUACAAAGUAUUGCUCUCCUUGCACAUCUGGCUGAG